CUUUACAGCUGUUUUUAGGCCUGGGGGUGAGGGUCUGCGGAAGGUAGACCCGGUUGCCGCUCCGCCCGUCUACCCUCGGCUUCGUUCGCCCGCUUCUGCCACCCUAGCCCAGCCGCUGGGGGCGGGGGGACGGGGACCCUGGGAGGGCUACUUCCGUGCGGCUGCCAGUGCUUCUGACUGACAGGCACUGUCCCCACAGCCCGCGCUGCCCGCCACGUUCCCGGUCUCGGCCGAAGGCACAGCGUGGCCGGUGACCUUUCCGAGCCCAGCGCGAUGACGGCUACCUGCUCCCGGCUGGCCCGGCUUCCUCGGCGUCGGUGGCGUCGGCCAGUCCCGUUCCCGCCGCUACCGCGGCCACUGCUGUUGUUGCUGCUGCUACUGGCGGCCGUAGGGCCGGCACACGGCUGGGAGAGCGGAGACCUGGAGUUAUUUGACUUGGUGGAGGAGGUGCAGCUCAACUUCUACCAGUUCCUCGGGGUGCAGCAGGAUGCUUCAUCUGCAGACAUUAGAAAAGCAUAUCGUAAGCUUUCACUGACUUUGCAUCCAGACAAGAAUAAAGAUGAAAAUGCAGAAACUCAGUUUAGACAAUUGGUGGCCAUUUAUGAAGUUUUAAAGGAUGAUGAACGAAGGCAGAGGUAUGAUGAUAUUCUGAUCAAUGGACUUCCAGAUUGGCGACAGCCUGUAUUCUACUACAGGCGGGUGAGAAAAAUGAGCAAUGCUGAGCUGGCAUUACUUUUGUUCAUUAUUCUCACGGUGGGUCAUUAUGCUGUGGUUUGGUCAAUCUACCUGGAAAAACAACUGGAUGAACUGCUUAGUAGAAAAAAAAGAGAAAAGAAAAAAAAGACAGGCAGCAAGAGUGUGGAUGUAUCAAAACUUGGUGCUUCAGAAAAAAAUGAAAGAUUACUGACAAAACCACAGUGGCAUGAUUUGCUUCCAUGCAAGCUGGGAAUUUGGUUUUGCCUUACACUAAAAGCAUUGCCUCAUCUAAUCCAGGAUGCUGGGGAGUUUUAUGCUAAAUAUAAAGAAACAAGAUUGAAGAAAAAGGAAGAUGCAUUGACUAGAGCUGAAAUUGAAACACUUCAAAAACAGAAGAAAGUUAAAGUAAAAAAGCCAAAACCUGAAUUUCCUGUAUAUACACCUUUAGAAAGUGCAUAUAUUCAAUCUUAUGAUCAUGGAACUUCUAUAGAAGAAAUUGAGGAACAAAUGGAUGAUUGGCUGGAAAACAGAAACAAAACACAGAAAAAGCAGGCACCUGAAUGGACAGAAGAGGACCUCAGCCAGCUGACAAGAAGUAUGGUUAAGUUCCCAGGAGGGACCCCAGGUCGAUGGGAAAAGAUUGCCCACGAAUUGGGUCGAUCGGUGACAGAUGUGACAACCAAAGCCAAGCAGCUGAAGGAGUCGGUUACCUGCUCCCCAGGAAUGGUCAGACUCUCUGAACUCAGAUCUACAGCUCAGAAUUCCAGGCCCACCAAGGCCACCACGGCCUUGCCAGAUGACAUCAUCACCCAACGAGAAGAUCUAAAGCAGGCUGGGGAGGAAGAUGAGGAUGAGCAAGAGGAUGACGACGACGAGCAAGAGGCAGUGGUCCUGGAAAGCCGGCCACGGAGGCGAAGGCCAGCCAAGCUGCCUGAGGCCGCCGCGAAGGUGGAGCCAGAGGAGAAGUUCAGAGGAAAGAGGCAGAAGGACUUUGAUAUAUCAGAACAAAAGGAAUCCAGCGAUGAGGAGAGCCAGAAGAAAGACAGAACUCGUGCUGCCGAGGAGCCCUGGACUCAGAGUCAACAGAAACUUCUGGAAUUAGCAUUACAGCAGUACCCAAAGGGAUCCUCUGACCGCUGGGACAAAAUAGCCAAAUGUGUCCCGUCUAAGAGUAAGGAAGACUGUAUCGCUAGAUACAAGUUGCUGGUUGAACUGGUCCAAAAGAAAAAACAAGCUAAAAGCUGAAUAUUCUGGAAGAUGAUGUUCACCUUCAUUUUCCAAAAAUGAUUAUUUUAAAAGUCUUAUGCAGAAAUUUGCAUUUUGUAUCUCAGUAUUUCUAUACGUCAUGUGCCUUAGUAAAACAAAACAAAAAAAUUAAAAAAAUUUUUU